AUGGGGCUCAACGAUAUUCCGACAGAGCUGCAAGGCCUCAUCUUGGGUCAACUCAUCGAACCAAAAGAUAUUGCUAGAGGAGGCGACAUCCUCAACUGCAAAGACCUAUCGACAUCCCGUCUUGUUUGUCGAACUUGGAACGACCUUGCGCUAAGACAUCUCUAUCAAGAGAUCGAACUGAUCGACCACGGCAUGCCAUACCAGGACCAGGAUCCAUCUGAGCCUUGGAGUUUUAAUCGAUGGAACGAAACGGUUGACAACGAGAUGAUUCGAAAAGCCGCCCAGCGUGUCGUCAUCAACAGCGCCCCAGACCACAUGUCUAUAACCGCCGACUACGACGAAUGGAAAUGUUGGGAGAAUGAAGGCAAAUAUCCCGACCUCACCAGGUCCAUUGACCGACUCAUCGAGUUACCCAACGUCAAGGCUGUGCAUUUGCGUUUUACGGCUAAGUGCCGCGGCAAGGAAAGCAACUCUGAGGACCUUUAUGGCUGGACCGACAACGUCGAGCCUUUGGCGACGAGACUGAACACUCUCAAGGCGGUCUUCAGUGCCAUGGUCAAGCGAUCCACCGAUCCCAAGAACACGACAAUCCGAUCCCUCACGCUGCAGAACGUACAGAAUACCUCUCUCGAAUCCCUGGUGGCACCUGCCAUGUCGACGGUGAUCAAGCACAUCAGCAACCUUCACAUCUGGGUACUAGAGGAGUACAACGAACACGGCCCAGAUCGCGACUUCACUUUCGCCGAACGUCGGACUUUUGAGCCUCAUCUUCAGAAGGAAAUCCUCCCCCAUUUCUGCGACUCUUUGACGACUCUGACAUUGGGAUUCCGGGAGCCCUGGGGUACCGCGCCAGCACACUUUGAUGGAAAGGGCCUUAUCUUCCCCUGCCUGAAGACGUUGAAUUUGAUACGAUUCACCAUCUCACAUCAUGACCACUUCGAUUGGGUCAUUGCACAGACCUCUCUCACAACAUUGAGACUCGACAGCUGCUACAUCGUUUCACACAUGAGCUUCGACUGGAACGAGAAGACCAGAGAUGUGCCCAAACACGACUGGGAGCUACUUCCGAGGGGCUCUUUUGGUUACGACUCCGAUGACGACCUUGUCUACACGUUCUCAGGUACUUGGGCAACAGAAUUCGACAGGAUUCGUGCAAGCCUCACCAAUCUCGUCGACUUCCGGUUCUGCGAUUCAGAUAAGGACAACACCUUUAAACACCCUGAACGCAUGGAAACUGAACUUCAUUGUACCAGAUACAUGGCGUUGGAUGUGGGACUUUGCCCCAGCCCCUGGAUAUGCGGCGAGAAUGGUGGAGUUCUGGAGUUUGGCGAUGGCCCCCCUGAUCCACGCGGCGACGAUGAAGAAGAUGAUGACGAGGAAGAGGACUUUGAGCUGAAUCGAGCAAAGGAAACAGAGGCAGUGGACUCUCGAGCCCUUAACGCCCUAAUGCAUGCAAUUCGGGAAAGAAGAUAA